UUGUUAGAUAAUAAUUUUAUGAAAUAUGGCUCCUGUGCCAACUGUUGAAACUGAAGUUCCGACAGAAAAUCAGACUGAAAAUGCACAGGACAGUGCUCCCUCCAAACCUACGAUUGGUAUCAUUUACCCUCCUCCAGAAUUAAGAAAUAUUGUUGACAAGACUGCCAGCUUUGUUGCUAGAAAUGGACCUGAAUUUGAAGCUCGUAUUCGGCAAAAUGAAAUUAACAACAAGAAAUUCAAUUUCCUCAAUCCUGGUGAUCCCUAUAAUGCUUACUAUCAACAUAAGGUUAAAGAGUUCAGAGAGGGAAAAGGAGUAGCUCCAGAUGUGAAUGUUACCCAUACACCUCCACUUAAAUCAAUUGCUGCUGCCAAGGCAGAUGUUUUGAAGUUGACAGAAAUACAGAUUGUUCCCAAAGAGCCUCCACCAGAUUAUGAGUUCAUAAUAGAUCCUCCAUCAAUAUCUGCAUUUGAUCUUGACAUUGUUAAACUGACUGCUCAAUUUGUUGCUCGGAAUGGGCGUCAGUUCUUGACUAAUUUGAUGAAUAGGGAACAAAGGAAUUAUCAGUUUGAUUUUUUAAGACCACAGCACAGUUUGUUCAAUUAUUUUACGAAACUUCUGGAACAGUAUACAAAAAUAUUGAUCCCUCCCAAGGAUCUGAUGACCAAGCUCAAGAAGGAAUCAGAUUCACCUAAAGCUGUUUUAGAUCAAGUUCGAUACAGAGUCGAAUGGACUCGUCAACAAGAAGCAAUAAAAAGACGGGAAGAAGAGGAAGCUGAAAGGGAAAGAGUUCAAUAUGCCCAGAUUGAUUGGCAUGACUUUGUAGUAGUGGAAACUGUUGAUUAUCAGCCUAAUGAACAAGGUCUAUUCCCUCCACCCACCAAUCCUGAUGAAGUUGGUAGUCGAGUCUUGCACCAACAGCGAAUUGAAGAACAAGGGGUCGAAGAAGUAGAAAUGGAAGUAGAAUCAGAUGAAGAAGGCAGUGAUAAGGACACUGCUGAAAAAGCCGGUGGUGCUAAAGCAGAUGAAGAAAGUUCUUCUUCAUCAGAUGAAGAGGAAGAUAAAAGACGAGCAAGUCCUCCACCUUUGCCACCUAAGGAAGCUCCUCCAUUACCUCCUCCUCUUCCUCCUCAACCAGAUCAGGUGGUUAUCCGUAAAGAUUACAAUCCUAAAGUGGUUAAACCUCCACAACCUGUAAGUGAACAAUUCUUAAUUUCACCUAUUACUGGUGAAAGAAUUCCGGCUGAUAAAAUGCAAGAACAUAUGAGAAUAGGUUUGUUGGAUCCUCGUUGGGUUGAACAAAGAGAUAGAGCAGUACAAGAAAAGAUGACCCAAGAGGAAGUCUAUGCACAAGGUACUGCUAUUGAAAGUAGUUUAAAACAGUUUGCUGAAAGACGUACUGAUAUUUUUGGCUCUGGUGUUGAAGAAACUGCUAUUGGUAAAAAGAUCGGAGAAGAAGAAAAAAAGCGACCUGAAAAAGUUACUUGGGAUGGUCAUACUGCGAGCAUGGAAGCUGCUACGAGAGCUGCCAGAGCUAAUAUUACAAUUGAAGAGCAGAUUCAACAGAUUCAUAAGAUAAAAGGAUUACUUCCUGAUGAAGAGAAAGAAAGAAUUGGACCAUCUAAGCCACAAGACUCAACAACUACUUCUACAGCAGCACCAGUAAGCUCUGCUCCACCUGUUAAAUUGGUGACUGUUUCUUCUGCUACUACAACUGCUGCAACUACUGCAACUACACAAGUAACUACAUCACCUCCAGCAACAACAUCAACUGCAACCACAACUUCAACUGCUGCAAAAUCUCAGCAACCUCCAUUGCCUACAACUGCGACUCCUACAGUUACUGUAAUGCAGCAGCGACCACCAUUACCUCCAAUUCCUCCUAUCCCCAUGCCUCCAGUUUCUGCUAUACUUCCACCACGUCCUAUAUUGCCACCUCCACAGGGUUUGAUCAUAACACCUAUUCCUCCCCCUGGACCACCACCACCUCAUAUUCUUGCUAUGCCAAGGCCCCCAAUGCCACCUGUUAUUGGACCACCUGGCACUUCCUUUGUUCCUCCAAUGCAUCCAAUAGCACCUCCUCCUCCACCUCAGCAAACUCAGACAUUGGUCCCUGGCAAGACAGCUGCCGCUGCUCCCUCAGAAGAUGAACCAGCUCCCAAAAAACAAAAGACUGAAGAUUCUCUUAUUUCAGAAGAAGAAUUCCUUAAAAAGAAUAAGGGUCCUGUAACAUUUAGAGUCCAGGUGCCAUCUGUUGCUGAAAAACCAGAGUGGAAACUCAAUGGCCAAGUUCUGGCUUUCACGUUACCUCUGACUGAUCAGGUAUCAGUUAUUAAAGCAAAGAUUCAUGAAUCAAUUGGAAUGCCACCCGGAAAACAGAAAUUGCAACUUGAUGGAAUGUUUAUCAAAGAUUCCAACUCCCUGGCAUAUUACAACUUGUCAACUAACUCCAUUGUUGCUUUGCAAGUCAAGGAAAGAGGUGGCCGCAAGAAGUAAAAUGUUUCUUGAAGCACUCUUUAUUAUGGAUGUAUUCUUUACUCUGAACUGUUAAAACUCUUUCAAAAACGUUUUUCAUUGUUUUGAAAAAUUUUAUAUUUUAGGCUGUUUUCAGUUAUAUGUAACAAUUCUAUGAGUAAUAAAAUUUAAUUAUCUUCA